GUAGCCAGUAGGGGAUUUCGUUUACAGGUGAAGAAGAGACUUUCAACUCGAAUCGAUAAAAAUCAUAGAAGAAAAUAAAACCCAAUUUCAAUUUAGGGAUAGCAUGAUUGCACCCUUUGCAUUUGAGUUCCAGGUUCAAUCCCGAUUGAGGAAGAAGAGUCCGUGAAUCGUUAUUAAUUCAAGAAUAAUGAGCAAGGAGGAAGCUGGGAAGGAGAAUGGGGGCAAUCCAUGGCCGCAACCGAACGAGCUUCGCCGUCAUCAAGGGCCAGCGAAAGCGGAGGAGGACAUGAGACUUUGGGGCAUUCUUGUUUUCGGAUUAAUCGGAGCUACUGCCACCACUUUCGCCGUCACUCAAUUGCGAUGGACUGUCGAUUUGGUCUAUUCUCAGCUGGGCAGGUCGCAGUCAGCGUGGAAGCGUAAGGGCAGUCGUUCUUACAGGACAAGCUUUCAGGAGGAAGCGUGGAAGAGAUACAAUCGUAGGAUGCGGGAGGAGUAUGAAGAGGAAAUGGAGAGAGUGGAGCGUAUACGUCGCAUGCAAAAUGUUUUCAACCGAGAGAGAAAUAAAUACAAAACAAGCUACGAGAGAUGGGCAGAAAAUGGCGGUGCAUAUCAUCAACAUUUCGAGAGGAACGAUUGGUAUUGGAAGGCCGAUACAUCAUACAGAUACCAGGGAACUAAUUUCCGGGAACCUCAUCAGGCAAAUACAGGCUACUCUUUGUCCCAUCACUAUUCCGUAUUGGGUCUUGACAGGUCAAGGACAAAACCGUAUACGGAUGACGAAAUAAAGAUUGCCUUUAGGACGAAGGCGAAGAAGUUCCAUCCCGACCAGAAUCCAGAUAACAAAGAUAUUGCUGAAGCACAGUUUAAGGAAGUAAUGAAGUCCUACGAGGCAAUAAAGUUGGAAAGGAAAAACGGUAUUAACUGAUAAACAAGAUAAUGAAGAUACAGACCAACUUGAGGGAACUCUGCACUUGGAUUCUAGUAUUUUGGUCAGUCGAACAUUUCACAGAGGUGCUUAUAGUAUUUUCUUACUUUGUAUCUUCAUAUUUGUUGUGGUAUAGUACUAUAGUCUACAAUUCUUGAGUAUCAAUUUCCUUUCUUUGGUGAAAUGAUAAGAAAUAUAUUUAACGUGGUGUAUUAUUUGAUUUA